AUGACGUCCGAACGGCAGUUCAAGAUCAAAGUGGGUACGCUGCGCCGAGUGAAGAAAGACCUCGAGUACUACGCCGAGGAACGCAGUGCCCAACAAGCCAAGAUCGACCGAAUGCGUGCCGACAAUAAGGACGAAUACGACAUCCGGAAGCAACAAGAAGUACUGGUGGAGACGGAGACGAUGCUGCCAGACUGCCAAAGUCGGCUACGAGAGGCAGUCACGGACGUGUCAAACUUCAUCGAGGCCCAUCGUGACGAGGUGAAGCUGCUCGACUCAUUCAAAGAGGCACAGGAGCUCCUGGCGGCCAUUCCUAUGCUGCCGUAG